AUGGCUCCCAGUAUCGUUGAAGACGCCGUUCAAACAAACUCGUCACCCAUCUCGCAAUGGACCCCCGAGACAGUCCUUUCGACCAUGACUCCGCUGGAGAAGCACUCAUCAUCGCCUGUACCCUUCUUUCACCUUCUUGAGCGCCUUAAGACAACCAAGCGCGAAGGCUGGCGCAGAUUCGGAAUUAACCACGGCGAAUCCAUCUCCGAUCACAUGUAUCGCAUGUCCAUAAUCACCAUGCUCUGCCCCGCUUCUCUAUCGUCUCGCCUCGAUGUACCGCGCUGCACAAGAAUGGCCUUGAUUCACGACAUGGCCGAAGCCCUUGUCGGAGACAUUACUCCCGUAGAUGGCGUUCCAAAAUCCGAGAAGAACAGAAGAGAGGCUGAAACCAUGGACUACAUCUGCUCGACUUUGCUUGGCAAGGUUGGUGGUGGUCUGUCGGGCCAAGAGAUGCGCGCUGUGUGGCAAGAGUACGAAGACAGCCAGACUCUCGAGAGCAAGUUUGUGCACGACGUGGACAAGAUUGAGCUUCUACUCCAGAUGAUGGAGUACGAACGCUCCCACCAAGGCCGCAUCGACCUCGGCGAGUUCUCCUGGGUUGCUCGCAAGAUCGAGUUGCCUGAAGUCAAGGAAUGGUGCAACGACUUGUUGCGUGAGAGGGAGGCUUUCUGGGCCGAGCUGAACAAGACACCAACCGGCAGCACUUUGAACGAGGAGCAGGAGCAGCAGCAUCAACAAUACUACAGCAAGAACGGCAGCGCAUCUGCUUGA